GCAAUCAAGAGGUCUCGUUUGGCUUUCGACAGGAAUACGACCAGAAAUGUUGAGUUUCGUAAACAACAGCUCAAAGCAAUCCAUAGUUUGUUGAGUGAAAAUGAAGAAAUGUUUGUGGAUGCGCUAGAAUUGGAUUUUAAAAAGCCAAAAAAUGAAGUAAUAAUGAAUGAGUUAGAAGUAACCAAAAAUGAUUUGGUCUAUCAAUUGGAUAAUAUCGAUGAUUACGUCAAACGACAUGCCGUGGAAAAGGAGGGCUUUUCUGUUGCGGACGAACCGUUCCUACAAUAUGAGCCGUACGGUGUGGUACUAGUGAUCGGGGCGUGGAAUUACCCAGUUCAAUUGCUCUUUGCCCCUCUCGUAGCCGCCAUAACUGCGGGCAAUUGUGCUCUCAUUAAACCGUCAGAAAUGCCUCGAAAUACUGAACAUCUAAUACGAGAACUCAUUCCUCAAUAUUUGGAUAACGAUUGUUAUCAUGUAAUAACUGGCGGACCAGACGUGACCACAGAAUUGUUGAAACACAAGUUUGAUUAUAUAUUUUUCACGGGUUCUACAACUGUGGGUCGUAUAGUAUACGAGAGUGCGGCCAAAUACUUAACACCCGUUACGUUGGAGUUGGGGGGCAAGAGUCCUGUUUGGAUGGACGAGACAGUAGAGAAUUUGGAUGUUGCGGUCAGACGUUUAUUGUGGGCAAAAAUGAUUAAUUUGGGGCAAACAUGUAUUGCACCCGAUUAUGUGAUCACAACAUCUAAAUUUCAAACUAUUUUCAUCGGAACAGCGAUUAAAAUAUUGAAUGAAUUCUUUGGCGAACGACCGCAAGAGUCCAUGAGUUUGGCUCGUAUUAUAAAUGAUAGAAAUUUUAACAGAAUUCAAUCGCUUUUGAGUUCUACUAAAGAUUUAGAGGACAAAUUCAUUGAGCCGACAAUAGUAGCGGACGUUCCGUUCGACGAUUCACUUAUGUCUGAAGAGAUAUUCGGUCCCAUUUUGCCCGUUCUUAUUGUCAGAGAUGCCAACGAAGCCAUCAGUUUUAUCAGGAGUAGAGAUAAACCGUUGGCUCUCUAUGUGUUCAGUAGUGAUAAGAUUACAAUUGAUAAGUUUGUUGAUCGCACCUCAAGCGGAGUGUUUUGCGCCAACGAUGCCAUCGUUAAUCUGUUGCUGGAUGGCUUACCAUUUGGAGGAGUGGGUCCUUCAGGCACCGGCAGAUAUCACGGCAAAUGGUCUUUUGAGACAUUCUCUCACCUCAAAGGGUCACUCAUUCGCAGUUAUAAUCCAGAGAUGGAAGAAAUAACUAAGAACCGUUACCCGCCUUUCAGUGAAGAGAAGACAGAAAUCAUGAAGAUGUCAAUGAAGAAAGAACUCAUGAAUUAA